AUGCCUGGCGUCGAUUGGCGAAUGAUUAUGUCGAAAAGCCCUUAUAUCGAACUUCAGGCACUCUGUGUUGAUCACAAUAUAUACCAACUGGUCAAUUUCGCAACUAGAGUGGCGAACUCGGGAACCUCCAACUUGCUUGACUUAAUACUCUCGAACUCCCCGGAGAAAGUCCUCAAUAUUCGACCUAGUCAGGAUUUUGUUUAUUCCGAUCAUACAGCAAUCUCAUUCGAACUGUCAGCAAACGACUGCCCAAUGACAGAGAGAACCUCGCUAGUUCUUGAUUUCAAAAGAGGCGAUUUUACAAAAAUCAACCAACAUAUGUCGUCAGUCGAUUGGACCUACCAUUUCUCAUACUUGUCAAGUGUCCAGGAUAAGUACGACUACUUUAUCAAAACGUUCAAUAUGAUCAUCCAAGAAUACUGCCCAAUUCGAAAAACUAUCCAAAAACGCAAUAUCUCGAGAAGACUUAAAAGAAUCAGGAAAAGAAUCCGCGCUAUUGCAAAAACUUCUAACAACAAAUCGAAGUUACUGCGUACUUCAAAGCUGAAAAGGAAGCUACUGUCUCUGGCCCGGAAGAAUAACCUAAAGCGGGACAAUGCCAUCGCCCAAUCCGGAAACAAUAAACGAAUUCAAAGAGAAAUUUCAAAAAGACUCAGCUACCGCUCCCAUCUACAAUCAGUUGUUUUCAAAGGCUCACUCUUGACAUCGGAUAAGGAUAUGGCAGAUGUCUUUAUCAAAGUUUUCGGCGAACACAUGAAGAGUACGGGGGAAAUUGUUCAAUCUACUAACCAAAACCGUUUUCGCUCCAAAUCGAUUGAUUUCCCACCCUAUGCAGUUUGCGCUAUAUUGGAAAAGUUACAACCAAAAAUUGGAUUUUCUGGAGACUUCAUCAAUUUCUUUGUUCUGAAAAAAAGUGCUGUCUCAGUAGCUCUUCCUCUUUCAAUUAUAUUUACCGAAGUCUACAACGAAUGCAUAUUUCCAAGCGAUUGGAAAUCUUCUAUCACAAUUCCAAUACACAAACGUGGUAGAAUUAACGAUCCGGAGAACUAUCGCCCGAUAGCCUUAACCUCCCCAAUAUGCAGAACUCUCGAGAAGAUUAUUGCCUCAUAUAUCCGGAUGAAUUUCCAUGGAAAAUUCAUUUCGAAUCAACACGGUUUCAUUUCUAAGAGAUCAUGUAUCACGGCUCUCCUCAGUUCAAUUACCAAGUGGAAAUCAAUGCUGGAUAAUGGCAAUACCAUCGAUGUCAUAUACAUAGAUUUCAAAAAAGCCUUUGACAAUGUUCCUCACAAGCACCUUCUUGAAAAAAUGGAAAAAUUCGGGAUCCCCGAUGAUCUCCUUAAUUUUUUCACCGCCUUUCUUCACAACCGCACCGCACAUGUUAAAGUCAAUAAUUAUAUCUCUCCUAAUUAUUUUAAGGUUUCUUCAGGUGUUCUUCAAGGGACUGUAACUGGUCCCCUUCUAUUUUUGAUCUACAUCAACGAUGUUCUGAAAGAAGUGGAUGAUGAGGUUGAGGCAACCGUUUUCGCGGACGAUGUCAAAAUCUCUAGCAGUAAUCCCGAAAAACUCCAAUUAACUUUGAAUAGGAUUCUGGCAUGGUCCGCGAAAUGGGAUAUGCCCAUUGCCCCAUCAAAAACAUCGGUUCUAUAUCUUGGCAAAAAGAAUAAAAGGCAAAAAUACUGGAUCAAUGGAAUAGAAAUCCCCUCAGUUCCAUUUGUCAAAGAUCUGGGAAUCUUUAUCGACGAAAAGCUAAACUUCAACCACCAUGUCAAUGUUACAGUUCAAAAAGCAUUGGCAAAAUGCCGUGAAAUUUUGAGAAGUUUUUGCUUCAAAGAAAUACGUCCUUAUAUGCUCAUCUAUAAAACAUAUGUUGCCCCAAUUAUUGAUUAUGGUUGCUGUGUGUAUAGACCGUUUAUAACGAAGAAAUUAGAGAUGCUGUUGGAACGGCCAAUUCGUAGGUUUACUAGGAACAUCUUCAGAAGAUGUAACAUUCGUUAUACAUCUUUUGAUAACCGCCUAGAACAGGCUGAUUACAUCACUUCUUCAAGGCGCAGUCUUGAAUUUUGCCUUCUAACACUUUUCUCCAUAAUAAAGAAUCUCAUCCACUUUCCAGAUUAAUCAAUAUAUAUUUCCAGCUUCUCCUCACCACGCUCACCAUUAAAAAUCAAACUUAUUGACAAAGGUUUCAGCAAAUCAUUCUUCAGUUUCAUAUUGGCCCAUUGGAAUUCUCUAGCCACAAUCCUGAACUGUGACAUCGACCUGCCAAAGUUCAAAUCCAUCAUCCGCAGUCUACCAAACAGCUACUUUCUUUCUACCAGACUCUAA